AUGUACAAUUGGAACUUGCAGGUAGCAGGUAUGAGCCGAUCUUCUUUCACUAACAUUCACAACCCCUUUCAUUUCAACUUCACCCCCGCCCAAUAACUGGGAAUGGCGGACCCAUUUUCAGGAGGAAGUUAUAGGAUUAAGAGUCUGGUUCUCGUUUGUGUUUUCUUGUCGUCAUUGAUCAAAGCAUCAUUGGGUAGUAGUAAUGUUAAUGGUGGUAACAGACAUUUCUAUAAAUGGGAUGUGGAGUACAUGUUCUGGUCUCCAGAUUGUGAAGAAAAUGUAGUUAUGGGUAUUAAUGGACAGUUUCCAGGGCCGACCAUCCGAGCACAUGCUGGAGAUUACAUUCAUAUUGAACUUACUAAUAAGCUUCAUACUGAAGGAGUUGUUAUUCAUUGGCAUGGUAUCAGACAGCUUGGGACACCCUGGGCUGAUGGUACUGCUGCCAUUUCUCAGUGUGCUAUUAAUCCUGGAGAAACUUUUACUUACAGGUUCAUUGUUGACAGACCAGGAACAUACUUUUACCAUGGACACUAUGGAAUGCAAAGAUCAGCAGGGCUGUAUGGGUCACUUAUAGUUGAUGUUGCAGAAGGACAGAAGGAGCCAUUCAAAUAUGAUGGUGAAUUUGACCUGUUACUGAGUGAUUGGUGGCAUGAAAAUGUUCAUCACCAAGAAGUUGGUCUUUCCUCCAGCCCUAUGCGCUGGAUUGGUGAACCCCAGACCAUACUUAUGAAUGGAAGAGGACAAUACAACUGUUCCCUAGCAGCAGUCUAUAGCAGAAACCCUACCCAACAAUGCAAGCUUAAAGGAGGUGAGAAUUGCGCGCCCUUCAUCUUUCAUGUGGAACCAAAGAAGAAGUACAGGCUAAGAAUUGCCAGUACUACUGCCCUAGCUUCUCUCAACUUGGCCAUUGAUGGUCACAAGAUGCUAGUGGUAGAAGCUGAUGGAAAUUAUGUGAAACCAUUUGAGACUGAUAGUUUGGACAUUUAUUCUGGAGAGAGCUACUCUGUCAUAAUCACUACAAACCAGCACCCUUACCAGAAUUACUGGAUUUCUGCUGGUGUAAUAGGAAGGGAACCCCAUACACCACAAGGCCUAACCUUAUUGCACUAUAAUCAAACCUCUGCCUCAAAACUCCCUGAAUCUCCACCUCCUGUAACCCCUAGAUGGAAUGAUACUGCUCGUAGCAAGGCAUUCACUAACAAGAUUUUAGCCAAGAAAGGUACUCAACCACCUCCGAAGAACUAUGACCGUCGGAUAAUCCUACUAAAUACUCAGAACAAAUACAAUGGACAUACUAAAUGGGCUAUCAACAAUGUUUCCCUCUCAUUGCCUGCCACUCCAUACUUGGGUGCUAUGAAAUUCGGUCUCCGCAAUGCGUUCGAUCAGGAAAAACCACCUGAGAAGUACGACGAAAGUUAUGAUGUGAUGAAACCGGCAGCAAACCCUAAUACUACUGUUGGAAGUGGGGUUUACACGAUUGGUUACCAGACUACAGUGGAUGUGAUACUCCAAAAUGCUAAUGCAUUAAGCAAAGAUGUUAGUGAAGUCCACCCAUGGCACUUGCAUGGCCAUGACUUCUGGGUUUUAGGAUAUGGAGAAGGGAAGUUCACCGAGAAAGAUGAAAAGAAAUUCAACUUGAAGAAUCCACCUUUGAGAAAUACCGCAGUGAUUUUCCCUUAUGGAUGGACUGCACUAAGAUUUGUAGCAGAUAAUCCAGGAGUGUGGGCAUUCCACUGCCACAUUGAGCCACAUUUGCAUAUGGGUAUGGGUGUUGUUUUUGCUGAAGGUAUUGAACAUGUUAAGGAUAUACCUCAUGAGGCUCUUGCCUGUGGUUUAACUGGGAGGAGGUUCAUGGAUACCAAUAAGCAUUAAGACUGCUAAUGUUUCCUAAUUCCCAGUUGAGGAUUAGAAAGUUGCUAGAACUUUGACGUGCAAGAAUUCAAGUCUAUAUGCAUUUGAAAUUUUCAGAGUGUAUUUGUGUUAUGUUCGGCAUAAAUUUAUUAAUAACUAUUCCCAUACCUUAGCUCUUUUUCCUGCA